CACACUCACUCGAUGAUGGGACUGAGGACAAAGUGAGGGAGGCUGAAGCAGCCCAAGCCCUCAUUUAAACCCUCGCACGAUGGCAUUUGUGCAGCGGAUGCGCUCCCCUUGCCUCUCCUUUGUCCAGACAUUUUUGUCUCUCCUCCUGAGCACCACAGCCCUCAUGUCCUCCUACUGGUGCGUGGGUAAGCAGAAGGUGCCCAAACCGCUGUGUUCGCCCAUCAAGCAGACCAAAUGCAUCCCCGUUCCCGGCGUCUCCAACUCCUCCAGGAUUCAGUUCUUCUGGGAGACCGGCGACGACCGCUUUGUCUUCCCCAACUUUCACACCGGACUGUUCAUCAUCUGUGAGGAGAACAUCUACAUAGAUGAGUGGGCCUCUUCUCCUUCUCCUCCUCCUUCUACAGCAAUGCUUUGGCUGUCGCUGUCAAUGGAGCUCGUGAAUAUCGGUCUGCUGUUAAUCAGCUGCAUACUGCUGUCCAUGCAGCUGUGUAUCAGGGCCUGGUUUCCCUCUACGCAGCACUGGGGCCAGCUGCUCAAUGCUUUUGCAGCUGUCUUCACAGUCCUGGGAGGUCUGCUCGGGAUGGUCGGUCACAUGAUGUUCAUGCAGGUGUUUCAGACCACUGCCUCGAUGGGACCAGAAGACUUCAAGCCACAUAGUUACGGGUACUCCUGGGCAUUCUAUGUGGCCUGGCUUGGCUUCACCAUCUGCAUGGCUGCAGGUGUCUCCACCCUGAACAACUAUACCAAAAAGGUCCUGAUGGUGGGUCCCAGGCGUGCCUCCGGCCUCAACCCCUGCAGCUUUAACUUUAUGGGACUCCUGCCACCUGCUCCUUACUACACACCACCAAAUCCUGCCUCCAACCUCACCUGUCCCCUGUCUCCUCCUCGUAUCUCCCACUUGUCUCCCUACUAUGCCCCCCCUUCGGAAACAUUGCCGCCCUCCGCCCCCACUCCGAGGCUCACGCACUCCCACUCACUUCCUAUCUCGAUUUCUAACUCCUUCCCUCCUCCCCCCUCUCACCCUGCGCCUGGAUCACCUUUUCACCGUCUGUCCCUGCCCUCACCGUCUCCCUCACCGACACCACCCGUCUCUUACCACACGACCCUCCCAAGACACCAGGAGAAUCAUUACGAGCCAGAAGAGGACUACAGCCGCCUCUGA